AUGGCGAGGUGCGGCCGAAUUUCCCUCAACCAGGUAUCUCCCACCAGCGGGACACCUGUAGCUUCAGCCGGGACAAACUGUAAGCUCCCGACCGGUCUCCCGGCAUGUGUGGUAGUGAAGGGAGGAAGGAAAAAUCACGAGCGGUUCAUCACUCGCGAAAUGCUGCACCACAAUUGCACAAACGCGACGAUAACGUGUACGGAAAGGAAGGACAAUAUUUAUCUAGGCCCAGGAACGGGAAGCCUGCCCAGGAAUGAAAGUAUAGCAAAUGGCGGCGAAGUUUUUCAGCUGUUAGAGCGCGCGAUCUGCGCCCGACGCAGAUCUGAACGGAAGGCGCCUGGUAGGAGGCGCCGCGUGGUGCCGGUGACAGACCGCCGGCAUGGACACCGUCCGCGGCCGCGACGCCGCCGCGCCGCCACCCCCUCGCCAGGCCCACUGCGCGUGGCGGCGCGCGCCGCGGUGCUCGGUGCCUGCUCCGUCGUGGUGGUGGUGCAGGUGAUCUUCCCCCUCUUGGUCCAGGGGAUCCAGCGCCGACCUACACGUCGACUUGCGGGUUUUUAUCUCCCACUCAUCGUCUCAAAUUGGACAAGCUCAGAGCUCUCGACUGAGCCCCCGUCAUUUAUGGAAGUAAUGGAAAGAUCGCGAGCGGGCGCUCGCAAGGGCGCUGAGGCCGUCCGCUCCGCGCAUCCUGCGCGAGACCGGCAAGGCGGCGAGCAGCGGCGUGCACAGGGCGUUUCACAGAAGAAAGGGCCCACUGCAGUCUCCUUCACCUCCGCGCACUGCCCCGCACAAGCUCUCUGCGCUCUGCGACGCGGGGGAGCAGCAAUGCGUGGGAGGCGGUCGCCGCUUACGGAUGGUGGAAGCCGCGCGGGCGGCGCGGAUGCGCCUUCCGCAGGGCCAAGACUGAAGUCGGCGCUGUAG